UGCGGGCCUCGGAGGGUUGGGCCGGGUUCCCAGCCCCUAGCAACCUGCGGGCUGACAGAGGGGAGGAGCCGGCCGGGAAGGUGGGGGUCGCGCUGGAGCCCCAGAGUGGCUAGCCGGGCCGGCAGCCUAGCGCUGGCUGGGCACUCAGAGGGAGGGCUAUUUGGGCCAGUAUCCGCGGUUUUCCCCAUCCUGACCGCGCCGGGGUGGGGCGGGGGGGCUUCUCAGGCCAUCAGUGUCGACAUGCUGCUGGAGGAGGUCUGUGCCGGCGACCGGCUAAGCGGAGCCGCGGCCCGGGGCGACGUGCUGGAGGUGCGCCGCCUUCUGUCCCGUGAGCUGGUGCACCCAGACGUCUUGAACCGCUUCGGCAAGACAGCGCUGCAGGUCAUGAUGUUUGGCAGCCCCAUCAUCGCCCUGGAGCUCCUGAAGCAAGGUGCCAGCCCCAAUGUUCAGGAUGCCUCAGGCACCACUCCGGCCCAUGAUGCAGCCCGCACUGGAUUCCUCGACACUCUGAAGGUUUUGGUAGAGCAUGGUGCUGAUGUCAACAUGCCUGAUAACACCGGGGCGCUCCCCAUCCAUCUGGCCGUGAGAGAGGGCCACGCAGCUGUGGUCAGCUUCCUAGCUGCUGAGUCUGAUCUCUAUCACAGGGAUACCAGAGGGCUCACACCCCUGGAGCUGGCACAGGGAAGAGGGGCUCAGGAUCUUAUGGACAUACUGCAGGGGCACAUGGUGGCACCACUGUGACCCAGGGCCACCUACUGCAGCAACAGGACCCAGCUGGGUUCUAUCUCAAAAGAGGAGGAAAGAAACACUUUCUCUUUUUGCUCUUUCUGCCCACUGCCAAACUGGAGGGACACCAGUUUGUGGCUUGUUGGUAUUGAUCUCUUGGGUUUGUGUGUUUAAGGGGCAUUUCUCAUUUGUUUUUUCCUAUUGUGUGUUUGGUGAGAAGGACUCCUGUAGGCAACAGCCACCUAAACGGUUCAGUUUCCUCCACGCCCUAGACUACUGGGGCAGCUGAUGAGUCUGAAGGGCAGGGCAUUUAAAGCCUGAGCCCUAGAGUGAGGUCAUUGCUUCCAGGGCUUCUGGAACCUGGCAACUUUGGCUGACUGUACCCAGAGAGAAACCUCAAGGUGCACACUGCUUUUGAGCAUGGGGGGUGGGGGGAAUUCCAAAUGAAUAAAAGGGUAGUAUGAGUUCAUUCAUAUUUUGUUGGAAGCUUGUUUUCCAGUCUCUUCUUGUACAGCAUUAAGAAAAAAAGAUUCUAUUUAUUAAUCUUUGUGGAAAGAAGUUGUGUGAUAAUUUAAUGUUUUACCCAUUAAAUUAAUUCUUGUGCGUGAUCAAAGUG